GGCGCCUGGCGGAAGGAAGGAGAGGCUUCCAGAACCCGCUCAAAGGUUCCGAUCCUUUCUCCCUCAGCUCAUAUGCCGGUAAGCAGGGAGAGAGAGAGCAAGGAGGGAGAGAGAGAGAUGGCAUCGAACUACUACUACGGUUGGAAGAGCUUCAGCGAGGACGAGGACCGGCCGGAGAAGCCGCGAUGCUUCGGCGUUACCGAGAUCAGGGGGCCCGACCACUGCCUCGCCGGCCGUCGCCACGACCUCGAGGACAUCUUGGAAUCCAUGGGAGAGUUUGUCGAUGGUUUGAAGUUCUCAGGAGGCUCACAUAGUUUGAUGCCAAAGGAAUUUAUUAGGGAAAUAACAGAAUUGGCACACAGACACAACAUAUAUGUUAGUACAGGUGAUUGGUCAGAGCAUCUGCUUCGCAAAGGCCCUUCUUCAUUCAAACAAUAUGUUGAGGACUGCAAAAAUCUAGGGUUUGACACAAUCGAGUUAAAUGCUGGAUCACUGAAACUUCCUGAAGAAGCACUUUUGAGAUUUGUUCGUCUCAUCAAGGGUGGGGGCCUUAAAGCCAAGCCACAGUUUUCAGUAAAGUUUGACAGGUCUGAUAUUCCCGUAACUGGAGAUAGAGCUUUUGGAGCCUAUAUAGCUCCUGUUCCCCCAAGCUCAGAAAUCAUUGAAGAUGUUGAUUUGUUAAUCAGAAGGGCCGAGCGAUGCUUGGAAGCUGGGGCUGAUAUGAUUAUGAUCGACGCCGACGACAUUUGCAAGUAUGCUGACUCUCUCAGAUCAGACAUUAUUGCAAAAAUCAUAGGUCGCUUGGGACUGGAGAAAACCAUGUUCGAAGCAUCCAGUGGUAAGACUUCAGAGUGGUUCGUCAAGCGCUACGGACCAAGGGUGAAUCUUUUUGUCGACCACUCUGAGGUGAUGAAUCUGGAAUGUCUUAGAGGGCUCAACUUGGGCAGAAACCAUACAUCUGUGCUUGGCUCUUCAUUUUUCCGCAUUUGAUAACCCCAAAUUAAAACUAAAUCCAUCUCGUCUUUACGGUGCUUGUUUUCGUAUCGUUUGUUGUAUAGCAUGCGACUAGAACUUGCUGUAUUGUUCGUAUCUUAAAUAAAUCAUGGUGUACUCUCAGAAACAUACCUUGUUCGUGUAGUUAUGUUAAUCUUGUUUGAGACAUUUAAUAAUCUGGCACUUGAAUUCA